CUUCAACAACAGAAUUCAAAUACUGUGGGGUAUGCACAAGAUAGUCAGACUGCAGACUUUCAAUUUAUAUAUGAGAAUUUUAAUUCUCUCCAGGAAACUUGCAGCAACAUGUCAUCACAGCAAGAAGAUUUGAAAGACUGCAUAUUGUCUAGAUUAAAAAAUCUGGAAAAAAAAGUUGAAGAUUCUAUACUACAACAACGGCAGCAACGGCAACAACAAUGUCAGACACAGUCAACAAAAAAAACAAAAAAUUAGAACACCAUCAGAGCUUUCGAUGAGAAUCAAGCAAUUAUGUGCACAUAAUCAGAGUUUGGCAUUUGAUGUUAUUGCUGGUUGGAAUGCUGAACACAACAGACAGAUAAGAGAAAAGAUUAUGGACCAAUUAAGAUUAAAGUUUGACGACAAAUAUUCAGAAAAUGAGUAUCAAUUCGCUAUACGAAGAGCUUAUGAAAAUAAGAGGAUACAUGCUAGAGAAGGACAAAACCCAGCAUUAAAGAACAAAAAUAAGAUGGCGAAGCAUCUAAACACACUACGCUGGCAGACAAUGCAGAGACGCAUGAGUCUUAGAGAAUGAAGAGGAGAGAGCCAUGUGGAAAGAA